CGGCAUAAAUGAUGCAUUAACCUUGAGGUUCGACACAGGAAUUGCAUCACAAUUAAUGACGUCACUUAAAGUAACUUUUAAUUGGCCAAUCGAAAAAUUAGGUUUUUUGUUAGCAUCAACACGGUCUGCUGAUGCGGGGGACAACAUGAAAUAGUGGUGGUCCAGUAGAGGUUAGAACACAAACAUCACCUCCCUUCACCUGGUUGGAUCCAAUGUCAAGGCCAAGGGCAAAUUGACUGAGAAGACAGUCACAGUCAGCUUUUAACAACGAACACUAUGGGUUCAAAAAUAUGCAUUAAACGACACAACAAGGAAAAGAAUAGUUUAAAAGAAAGCACACCACCAGAUGGAGGCUGGGGUUGGUUUGUUUGUGUGGCAGCAUUUCUCAUUCAAUUUACCGUUCUGGGAACCAUGAACAAUUUUGGCAUUUUAUAUGUUCAUCUUUACGAAGAUUUUGGAAGAAAGGCUUUUCAAACAUCUCUGAUUGGUUCAAUAAACUACGGUAUGAUGUUCCUGAACGGUCCAAUAGCCGCAGCUUUGGCAGCAAAAUACGGAUGUCGAUUAGUCUCAAUGAUUGGAAGUGUUAUAUUUUCGAUGGGAUUUUUACUGUCAUCGUUUGGUGGACAUAUUAUUAUUUUAUUCUUCACUUAUGGAGUAAUGAUGGGUUUGGGUGCAAGUUUAUGCUACUUUUCAUCGCUAGUUGCAGUGGGUCAAUAUUUCUACAAAAAGCUUUCGCUAGCAAAUGGUAUUAUAUCGUCUGGUAGUGGUUUCGGUUCCUUAGCCAUGGGUCCAAUAAUGAAUACCCUUCUGAAGACGUUUGGAUGGAGACGCACGCUGCAAGUUAUUGCAGGAAUUUCAGGUGUGAUUUUUAUCAGUGCAAUCCUCUAUCGUCCCUUCAAUACCAUUGUUAUUACAAAAAGACAGAAGUCAAAUAACGCACAAACAAAAUCAACUUGCAUUGAUUUCACAAUCUUCAAAAACAAAGCCUACAUUAUCUGGUGUUCAGCUCUGGCUAUUUUCAUCUUGGGUUAUUUUCUUCCUUUCGUUCACUUGGUAAAAUACGCACAAAACAAUGGAGUUUCGCAGGACGAGUCUGCAUUUUUAAUUGGAAUUGCGUCUGUUGGCUCUACAGUAGGACGAUUAUUUUUUGGACCUAUUUCAGAUCAUCCAAAAGUCGACAGACUAAUGGUUUAUCAACUCUCAAUUAUGUGUAUGGGUGUAAGUAACACUUUGUUACCAUUGAUGAAGAGUCAUGCUACGAUUAUCAUAUAUUGUGUUGUAUGGGGGAUGUUUGAAGGAUGUUAUGUAGCCUUGUGUGCUGUAUUGACGGCUGACAUUGUUGGUCGUGAUAAGUUAUCUUCUGGAGUUGGUUUUCUUUUUGCAAUCAAAUCAAUUCCACUUACUGGAGGACCAGCUUUAGCGGGUUGGAUCUACGAAACAUCCAAAUCGUACGACGUUGCAUUUUACGUUGCAGGUGCUGCAUGUAUACUCUGUUGUUGCAUCAUGUUUUUAAUUCCCGCCAAUUUGCCUGAAGGUGAAGAAGUCGACGCAAACAAUGGUAAAGAGAUUACUGGAAAUCAUUCAAUACGCUAUACAAAAAAACCAGACUCGCUUGAAAAUAAUGGAAACAGUGAAGAUUCGGCGUACAUCAGCCUCGUUCCUUCAACUAAUAAUAAUAAAGGUACACUUGAAAAUAUCCAGACGAAUUCAAACUCAAAUCUACAGCAAAGGUCUCGAACAUCAAUCAACAAAUCAACAACUUCCCUCUCAUCCAGAUUCCUGCAACUCAGCAUGCUAAAAAGGGCCAAAAGUUCAGAGUUUGGAAGUAUGAUGUCAAUUCCUAUAAUCCCAAACUCGGGAUCUUACCGUUCAUUACAACUCAAGAAUCCUGUUGAAAAAACAAGUGUAGAUCAUUCUUUGACAACAAACCUUCACCAUAAUGAACAUGGAUGUCAUCACAGCAGCGCAUCGAACAUUGUCAAGCCAACUUUAGUUAUAAGUGAUUAUGAACAAAAUCAUUUAUUACCGAGUUCAGAGCUUGAAGACAUGAAUUUUGUUUCUCAACUGCCUGGCAACGAGACUUAAUUAUAAGCGGAGAAAAAGCCUAAAUGUCAAGCGUCCAUUCAUAAAGCUCUUCUAUUCUUGAAGUUUCUCGAAAUAAAAACAAAUCGAGAUCCCAAAAAGUCGAGCUUGUCGAUAAACUUCCAUACAAUUCGACACCUGAUUUUACUUCUCAAGUUGAAAUAUAAUUCAAAAUACGGCCACAAACACAAUACAAGAUGGCUACUAAUGAAAACACAAAAUACUCAUAGUCAACAAAUUCCACACCUUUGUACGCGUUGAUGAAAUUAAACUGUUGUUUGAUACUAAUUACACAACGACAGGAUUUCUUAAUUCAAAACUUAAAGCACUAUUUCAUCAAACAUUUUGUGGAAAUUUAUGACUGUUAAAUAACCCUGCAAAUCAAAGCUUCGUGUCAAUAUUACUAUGAAGCAGAACAAUCAAAUAGGCUGGCAUUUAUAUUGCUGAAAGCGAAAGUUAAAAUUUAGAAUGUGCAUGUGUUAUUGUGGACAUCAAUGGUUCACGUGUAGUCACGAGAAAGACAGUGGUGUUAGUGUUGGUCCUGAGAAAAACUGUAGUGUUAGUGUUUGUCCUGAGAAAGACUGUGUAGUGUUAGUGUUUGUCCUGAGAAAAACUGUAGGGUUAAUGUUGAUAUCAGUGUUGGUCUUGAGAGAGACUGAAGUGUUAGUGUUGGUUCUGAGAAAGACUGUAGUGUAAGUGUUGGUGUUUAUGUUGUUCCAGAGAACAAGUGUAGUGCUAGUGUUGGUCCUGAGAAAAACUGUAGGGUUAAUGUUGAUAUCAGUGUUGGUCUUGAGAGAGACUGAAGUGUUAGUGUUGGUUCUGAUAAAGACUGUAGUGUAAGUGUUGGUGUUUAUGUUGUUCCAGAGAACAAGUGUAGUGCUAGUAUUGGUCCUGAGAAAAACUGUAGGGUUAAUGUUGAUGUUGAUGUUGGUCCAGAGAACAAGUGUAGUGUUAGUGUUGGUCCUGACAAAGACUGUAGGGUUAAUGUUGAUAUUAGUGUUGGUCUUGAGAGAGACUGAAGUGUUUGUUCUGAGAAAGACUGUAGUGUUAGUGUUGGUGUUUGUGUUGGUCCAGAGAACAAGUGUAGUGUUAGUGUUGGUGUUGACUGACGUUUCGAUGUUCUUAGCAGUAGUUAUCUUCAAAGUGGACAAGGACGAUUAAAAUUUACAAAUUAAUAUUUACAAACAUGUUAAAUUGUGUUGUUAAUUAUCUCACCUCCAACAUGUUACAAACCAGUUUUCACAAAGAAGUAAACACGAGUUUAAGAGUUCUUCCGAAAAUGACGACCUCAAAUCAAAAUCUGUCAAGAUACACAGAACCUUCUGAAAAACUCUUCUACGAAGAUCAUCUUCAAUUGGAUUAAGCUAAAAAUUACAAUUAAGCUUGUGAUCGGAUCGGCAGGCAAGAUAAUCUUAAUUUAAUUUUGUACUUUAGUCAAAGUUGCCAUUUAGAAUUCAAUAAGUCAUCAAGUGUUUAUAUUUAAUGCAAAAAGAUAUAAAAGCGUUGCUGUACUCUGUACCUUGAAGACAGUGAUCAUUAGACAUUCCACUGUGCCUCGUUGAUACUAUAGAUAAAAAUGAGACCAGUUACAUGGCUGCUGAAAUAAAUUAUCUAUAAAUAUGGACCGAUAACGCAAAAAUAAAACUUUGUUGGGUAUCCAGCCGGUCUAUUUACUCAUAUACCAUGUAUUGCAAAUUUUUCUGUAACAUGCAAGGACAAAAUAUAUUUCUAAAGAAAUUUCCA